AUGUAUCCCUACUACGAGACGGAGUGGAGCAUUCUGCCUCCGGAGCACAAUCGAAGAUACAGUCCAGGUCUAACAAUCAACAAUAUCAAACAAGUGAUCAACGAAACAAUCGAAACCAAUAUUCUAAGAAAGCCUUCGCCGACGCGACUACGGGAACUGAUUCGUCAAAUACGGGCCGCAAGAACUGCCGCCGAGGAGCGGUCCGUUGUCAACACAGAAUGUGCCUACAUCCGCAGUACCUUCCGGGAGACGGAUUGCAUUUGGAAAUGUCGCAACAUGGCCAAACUGCUGUACAUACACAUGCUGGGCUAUCCGGCUCACUUCGGACAGAUGGAGGCGCUGAAGCUGGCAGCGAGUCCCAAGUACACCGACAAACGGAUCGGAUACCUUGGUGCAAUGCUGCUGCUGGACGAACGGCAAGAUGUGCAUGUUUUGCUAACAAACUGCUUGAAAAACGACCUCAACAGUCCAACACAAUUCAUCGUGGGCACCGCCCUGUGUACGCUUGCGGCCAUUGCCUCGCCGGAAAUGGCUCGCGAUCUGACGCACGAAAUCGAGCGUUUAAUCGCCUCCUCGAACACCUUUCUUCGCAAGAAAGCAAUCCUCUGUGCCUUUCGAAUGAUACGCCGAGUGCCUGAACUGAUGGAGGAAUAUUUGCCCCGCUGUGCGCAAUUUCUGAACGACAAAAACCACGGCAUCCUCAUAUCGACGGUCACACUGAUAACGGAAAUGUGCGACCAGAGUCCGUAUGCGCUGGCGUUCUUCAAAGCCUCCAUUCCGGUGCUGGUCCGACUGCUGAAAACCUUGACCGUGAGCGGUUAUUCGCCCGAGCACGUGGUCAACGGAGUUAGCGAUCCGUUUCUGCAGGUUAAACUACUACGCCUACUGAGAAUCCUCGGUCACGGCGAUCCGGACCAGACGGAGAUCAUGAGCGACGCACUGGCGCAGGUCGCGACCAACACGGAGACGAACAAAAACGCCGGCAAUGCAAUCCUCUACGAAACGGUGCUGACAAUUAUGAACGUAGAAUCGGAGAACAGUUUGCGCGUGCUGGCGGUCAACAUUCUCGGUCGGUUUCUGCUUAACAGCGACAAAAACAUUCGCUUCGUCGGUCUGCUGACGCUGGUCAAAACGGUGCAACGGGACAUGACGGCCAUCCAGCGGCACCGCAUCACCAUCCUCGAGUGCCUUACCGAUUCGGACAGUUCGAUUCAGCGCUGCGCCAUGGAACUGUCGUUCACGCUCGUCAACUCCCAGAACAUCGAGAUGAUCGUACGGGAACUGCUCAAGUACCUGGAAACUGCCGAAGCGGAAAUGAAGAGCGUCUGCAGCAGCAAAAUAGUGUCGGCCGCCGAGCUGUACUCGCCCUCGAUCCACUGGCAUCUGGAUGUGCUACUAAAAAUCCUCACAAUAGCCGGAAACAGUAUCAGGGAUGACGUGAUUGCCUCCACCAUCCAGCUCAUAUCGAAUAGUCCCAAAGAGGAGCAAAACUUCAUCGCCGGUAAAAUGUUAGAGUCGAUAACCAACAUGAACCUGCUGGAAAAUCGCCAACCACUGGUCCAGGUGGCCGUCUGGACACUGGGAGAGUACGGAGAAGCAGGCGAUUUCGAUGAGAAUGAGCUUAUCGACCACUACCGGCAACUACUGUGGGCACCGCACUUGUCCAUCACCACCAAGCAGUACAUUCUGGUGUCUUUGGCCAAGCUCAGCGUACGGAUGGAACACUGCACGACGAACAUUCAAAAUAUUAUCAACGCGUUUCGAGCGCACCUCAACAUAGACCUGCAGCAGCGCGCCAUCGAGUUUAGUCAAUUAUUUACCAACUUCAAUCAUCUGCGGCCAGCUCUGCUAGAAAAAAUGCCGCUCCUGAAGAUAUCGGACAUGUCCAGUUCCGAGUAUAAUGCAGAUUUUACCACCAGACAAACGAUAGCUAUCCAAGCAAAUGAAACUGUUCCAAUGAAGGAACCCUCGAAUCAAGACAUCCUACUGGACCUGUUGGGUGAUUCAUUUGGCAGCAGUUCGUCGGCGACGGCUACGACCACGCCAAGUCCCUUGCAACUGUCGACGCCCAGCAGUGCCGCAGCAGCCAACGCCGACAUUCUGGAUCUGCUUGGUUUGAGCGCUGUCGAGAAUACCGUUUCCGCCUCGACAAUCACGACAGUAGCAACCAUUCAUAGUCCGGUGGAAUAUUCUGCCACUACGAUACCGGUAUAUAGCAGGGAAAACAUCGAUAUCAAGUUCAUCGUUCGGAAGGAGUACGAUCAGGCGGUCGUAACCGUGAAAACGACCAACAAUUCGCUGAACAUGCUGGAAAAAUACAUGUUUCAGGUGGCCGUCCCAAAGGCAUUCUCGAUCCAAAUGAUGGAACCAUCCAGCAUGGUAAUGCUUCCAGGAGAAUCCGUCGUGCAGGACAUAAUCGUGGUACGCACUGCACCCGGAACGAACAGCCCGCUGCGGAUGAAGGUUCGCUUUUCCUACGAAAUCGGAAACUAUUCGAUGAUGGAACAAGCGGACGUUAGCGACUUUCCACCCGAUCUGUUCGGCUGA